AUAUCUCACUAUUGAAUGUUAAUCUGAUCAAUUCAUUUAAGUUACAUACGAUGUUAAAAUUAACCUUUUGGGACUCAUCAGCGACGGCUUACAAAGACUGCACCGAGAACGGAACGUGGUGGGUCGAUUCAGAGACGAGCUCAGAGUGGACAAAUUACACAACUUGUGUACAGACACAGGACUACCAGACGGUGGUAUACGUUGCGUUUGCGUGCAACAUUCUGAGUCUGGCACUAUUAGUACCGGCAUGCGUAAUAUUUCUAGGAAUAAGACAGCUGCGCGCGCAGAAACGUAUAAAACUUCAUCUGUGUUUGUUCCUCUCAUUUAUAUUUGCGUGCAUCGUUACACUUAUCUGGGAUGUUGCCGUAUAUCUGGACAGGCUACAUAAUCGCAGAAGUGAGACUGUGAUGCACAGAAAUUCCGAUGCAUGCAAGUUGCUAUACAUCCUGACACGCUACGUGAGUACUGCAAACUUCUUUUGGAUGUUUUGCGAGGGCUUCUAUCUUCAUCGGCUCAUCGUCCAUGCAUUUUCUACGCCCAAAUCUCUCAUGCCGUAUUAUGUGUUUGGAUGGCUUAUAUCAUGGAUUCCAAGUAUAAUCUACGCUAUUGUUCGCGCCUCCAAUGAGGAUUACAACCGUAGCUGCUGGGUCUAUAAUAUCGAUACCUUCGAGUGGUUGCUGUAUACACCUAACAUGAUGUGCGUGUUGGCAAAUGUGGUGUUCCUCGCGAAUAUACUGAAGAUUUUAUGCUCGAAGCUCCAAGCGCAUCCAAACGAGCCUAGUAACUACAGAAAAGCUUUGAAAGCAACGUUCGUUCUUAUACCUCUUUUCGGUCUCCAGCAGUUCAUUGUUAUAUACCGCCCACCACCAACUUCAUCGAUUGCGUUUGCAUACGAGGUCACUCAAACAGUCAUAACAAAUACACAGGGUGCUAUUGUGGCGUUAAUUUUCUGCUUUCUGAAUGGUGAAGUGCACACAUUCCUACGUAGUUGCCUAGGAACGCGCGUGGACAUGAGCUCCGUAACAACCAAUGGCCGAGCGAACAGCCUGUCUUCCGCCACCCAGAUUACAUCUUUCACUUCCGGUAGUCGUGGAAACAAAUCAUUCGAAAAUAACGACAAGGGUUACAUUCCAUUAAGUACAAGCAUUACUUUACAAGAUAAUUCGAUUGCGAACAAAUCAACGAAUGGCCGUGUGUCUUUUGCAAUAUUAACAGUUUAACGACAUUGUAACUCCUAAAAUACGUUAUGCCCUUAGUAAUUUGUCUGAACGUGUAUUAUUUUAGGCAGUGUUUACAAUGUACUUGAUGACGUCCAAAUAUAUAAAUAUAUAAACGUUGAUUUGAUCUGUAUACAUGUUUUCUCCAAACCGUGCAAAAUUGUGCAUUUUGCUUGAAUGUAUAUAUUACACAUUUAUGACCGUACAUUCUAUUUAUAUUUACAUAUGCUAUUAUUAAAAGUGUACAUACAAUUUAACAUAUUAACGUUUA